AAACUUCAAAAUCAAAAUCAAAAUCAAAAUCCAGACCUCCAUUAAUUCAUCGUCUAUUUAUACCUGAUCAAGGAAACCGCAUGUUUCACAUCAAUACAGUUCCCCAAAAGAUGUCGCUAGCUCCUACUGUUAAUCACAGUGAUCGCGAUCUAAUGGCGCAGCCUCUUCGUCCUUCCGGCGAGAUUCACGUUAUCGUCGGGCCUAUGUUCGCCGGUAAAACCACGGCUCUUCUUCGCCGGAUCAAAUCCGAAGGCACUAACGGCAGGAAUAUAGCGAUGAUAAAGUCGAGCAAGGAUACCCGAUACGCCAUUAAUUCAGUUGUAACACACGAUGGGACGAAAUACCCAUGUUGGGCACUUCCUGAUCUGUUGUCUUUCAAACAAAAAUUUGGAGAAGAAGCUUAUGAAAAGCUGGAUGUUAUUGGAAUCGAUGAAGCACAGUUCUUUGAUGAUCUGUAUGAAUUUUGUUGUACAGCUGCUGAUACUGAUGGAAAAACUGUCAUAGUUGCAGGUCUUGAUGGUGAUUACUUAAGAAGGAACUUUGGUCCAGUUCUUGAUAUUGUCCCACUUGCUGACACCAUAACCAAAUUAACAGCUCGAUGCGAAGUAUGCGGGAAAAAAGCUCAUUUCACUUUCAGGAAGACGAAGGAGACAAAAACAGAACUUAUAGGUGGGGCAGAUAUGUAUAUGCCUGUUUGUCGUCAACAUUAUGUUAAUGGACAAAUGGUGAUCAAACACUAAUACUGUUUUUUUAACGUUUCUAUAGUUAUUAAACAUUAGUACCUUUUGAUUUCGAAUGUUGUUGAUGUGUUUACAACUAUGUUGUUGUUGUCUUGUGUGUGUAUAUAUAUGAGAA